GUGACGUCAGGGGGUGGAAGAAAACAGCGGAGCAGGAAUCAAAACAAGAGACGGACACGCCUUCGUUCUUAAAGGUUAUGGCAGCUUAUUCCUUAUAGCUGCUGCUGUCAGAGCUGCACAAAACCCGCCUACCGUCCACGAGGACCCCCCCCUAAAACAACAACACAAAGAGAAAACACUGCACAACACUGCAGGAAUGGAGUCCACAGAAAUGUCAGACGGCGGUGACAGCAGCCGUUCAUCAUAGAGGUCGAAAUUAACACUUGACAACCGAAUCGUGUAAAAUGCCCAACCAGAAGAGCAACAAGGGAAAGAAAAGCAAACGCACUAACAGUAGCGGAGAUGAGCAGGAAAAUGGAGCCUGUGCGGCCCCAACAGGAGGCGCGGCCGCGGCGGCUGCACCCAGAAACGAGCGCUCAAGUGAGGUCCAGUGUGCGACGCCUCUGGGCUGCAGCCUGGGAUGCCCCAUCGACCUGGAGAAGGACGACUACCAGCGGGUGCUCUGCAACAGCGAGCUCUGCCCGUACGGCAACUGGAUGCACCUGCAGUGUUUCUACGAGUGGGAGAGCUCCAUCCUGGUCCAGUUCAACUGCAUCGGCCGGGCUCGCUCCUGGAACGAGAAGCAGUGCCGGCAGAACAUGUGGACCAAGAAGGGCUACGACCUGGCCUUCAGGUUCUGCUCGUGCCGCUGCGGUCAGGGUCACUUGAAGAAAGACACAGACUGGUAUCAGGUGAAGCGCAUGCAUGACGAACGCAAGAAAAAGCCAUCAGAGAGGAGCAUGGGGAGGAAUGGGGCCAGCGGAGGAGCUGUAGGGGGAGGGGAGGGGCUUCCUGAGGAGCCCAAAAAAAGCAAGAUGCCAGGAGGAGCAGUCGGAGGAUGUAAACUCCCCCACAGAGCCUCAAGUCAGGAAUUGCCUCGAAGACAAUCAAUGGACCGUCAGAACUCUAUAGAGAGAGGAGCAGCUGGAGGAGCCUUCUGUCUAGGGCCUCCUCAGAAGUCUCCCUGUGACUCUCCAGGACAGUCUCCUCCAGCUGGUUUCCCUUUCUCCCCCACCGCUUCCCUCGGGUCAGGGGGUGCAGGAGCAGGAUUGCGAGGUUCCCGUCCUCUCGGGGAGUUCCUCAAAUCAGCCGUUCACAUGGACCCACAGAGGAAGCACCUCCUGAUUGGGGGAGCCCUUGGUCGGGGAGGCGGCUGCUCAAUGGGAGCCUCAGGGGGCGGAGCUCACCUGGACCCUGGCUCUGUUCUCCCUCUGCCGCUCUCCUUCGCCCUUCCGCUCCAUCACCGUAUCACAGCAGGGAGUGUGGCUGACGGGACCCACGCCCACCCUGUGCAGUUCCUUAGGAGGCUGGACCUCUCGGAGCUGCUCACCCACAUCCCCCGACACAAACUCAACACCUACCACGUCCGCAUGGAGGACGACGCACAGGCAGGCCAGGGAGAGGAGCUGCGCAGGUUCAUCCUCUCGGCCCUCAGUGCGAGUCAGAGAAACGUGGUGAACUGCGCGCUGUGCCACCGAGCGCUCCCCGUGUUCGAACAGUUUCCUCUGGUGGACGGGACUCUGUUCCUCAGCCCCUCACGUCACGACGAGAUCGAGUACGACGUCCCCUGCCACCUUCAAGGCAGGUUAAUGCACCUUUACGCCAUCUGUGUGGACUGUUUAGAAGGCGUCCACAAGAUCGUCUGCAUCAAGUGCAAGUCGCGCUGGGACGGCAGCUGGCAUCAACUAGGCACCAUGUACACCUACGAUAUACUGGCUGCUUCACCAUGUUGUCAGGCUCGUCUUAACUGUAAGCACUGCGGGAAGCCAGUGGUGGACGUCCGAGUCGGUAUGCAGUAUUUCUCAGAGUACAGCAACGUCCAGCAGUGUCCUCACUGUGGCAACCUGGACUAUCACUUUGUUAAACCUUUCUCCUCCUACAAAGUUCUUGAGGCUUUAUUGACAACUGCUCCUCAUGCAUGCUAGUUAAGCUGCUUUUGUUCUAUUGUUUCUCUAACACAAUCUAGGAGAGAUUUUAUUUUUCGGGGCCUUAAAGGUGCUUUUUAUGUUUUUUAAGUUCUCAAUCUUUUAAAUUUCUUUUUUUUUAAAUGUACAGAAAAGUAUGACUAGUUCAAAUAAAAAUACCAAGACUGUAUCUCUGCUGAUAGAGACAGGUGUUAAUAAGUGUGAAAGUGACAUGUAAUGUCAAACAAACACAUUUAUCUGUGACAAGUGAAUGUAUCUGUAUGCCAAAUUUGCUUUUAUUUUUUUGUUUUUUACCAAAAGCAUAAAAAUGAAUCUUGAAUAAAGCAGAGGAAGAUUA